AAAAGAAGACAUUUGGGUGGUGAAACUCUAGCAAUGGCAUCAACAUCUUUGAGCAAGCAGAGUCCACUUCCUAUGAAAGUAGCAGCCUUAAACUACAUCCCUUACCCACAACCUAUUGCAAGUUAUGAGGAUGUUGUGGCCUUGGAUAACCUUUUCAUGGAUACUUUGGAGAAGCUCCAUGCUGCGAUGGGUACCAAAUUCAUGAUUCCUAUCAUAGGGGGAAAAGAGUUGGAUUUGCAUCAACUUUUUGUGGUGGUUACUUCUCGUGGUGGCAUAGACAAGAUCAUCAAGGAGAAAAGAUGGAAAGAAGUGACUGCUACCUUCAACUUCCCCUCUACUGCCACAAAUGCAUCUUUUGUGCUGCGCAAAUAUUAUUUUUCAUUGCUUUACCACUAUGAACAAAUUUACUUUUUCAAAGCCCGCAGUUGGACACCCCCAAUGCCUACUGAUUCCUCGCAGAGCGCAUCUACUGCACCGCAUCCAGUACAAAUGACCAUACAGCCAUCACGCGAAGUUCAAGCAUCAGCUACCUAUCAACCACGUACAAAUGCAGCAGAGUUGCCUGGAGUUGCACCAGGGCAAGCAUCAUCAGCAAAUUCCGCAACGACAGUGGUAGGGGUCAUUGACGGGAAAUUUGAAUCCGGUUACCUUGUUACAGUUACAGUAGGCACAAAGAAGCUUAAAGGUGUAAUAUAUCACACUCAACAGAACUCAGGAUGGCAACUGCCACAACAUUCUUCCGUUUUGGCCAACAAUGGUGAUGAUUCUCGUACUGCACCUCGCACGCAUCGUCGCCGCCGAAGGAAGAAAAGCGAGAUAAGAAAGAGAGAUCCUGCUCAUCCAAAGCCUAACAGAAGUGGUUAUAACUUCUUCUUUGCUGAACAGCAUGCAAGGCUUAAACCACUUCACCCUAACAAGGACAGAGAGAUCAGCAGAAUGAUCGGUGAAUUAUGGAAUAAGCUACAAGAACCUGAAAAAUCGGUGUAUCAGGAGAAAGCCAUCAAAGAUAAGGAAAGAUACAGAGCAGAAAUGGAGGAUUACAGGGAGAGAUUGAGGACUGGUCAAGUCAUCAGCAAUGCUGUGCCUCUACAACGGCGGCUUCCCGGAGGAGUAGUAGAUAUGAUGGAAACAUAUGUGAAGGCUGAGGUAACCAAUGGAGGUGAUUCUCAGACCCUGGACGAUGAGAGUAUUUCUGGCGGAAAUGAUUCUGAAGAUGAUGAAAUCAUUGAAGAAACGUCUUUGGGAAUCGGAGUAGGUGCUGCAUCUAGCAAUGUAGGUAUUGAGGCUUUAGCUGAGCAGGCUACUUUUGAUCUGCACAACAGGGAAGAAGAGGCUGUAGAAGAUGAGCGAGUUGAUGGAAACUUAGCUGACAAUAUGACUGAGACAGAGAAAGAAUCAUUGCUGCCUAGCAAAGAAGAAGAAAUUUGAAAUGGACAUGCUGGGGAAGCAACUUUUACUUGCAUAAGAAGGAAGAAACACCAUUAGGGAUGGAGAAGUAGUAAAAGGUAGUUUAAUUUAUGGUAUGUUACCUUUUAAUUUGUUUUCUUUUGUAUUUUUUCUCUAGGUUUUUCGAGGCAGCACAGUUGCAGAAGUUAUGGAUGGCUUCUGGCAAUUUUGUAGUGGAGGUGGUUUUUGUUGCUGUUAUUGAACUUGGCCAGUCUUUUAGAAUGUUUGGUGAAUUAAUAUUUGAUUUUCUUCACUCAGAUCCUUGUUGGUAUAUAUGGUAAUGAA